AUGAAGACGAUUCUCUCGUCCCAGACGAUGGACAUCCCCGAGGGGGUCAAGAUCAAGGUCAAGGCGAAGAUCGUCGAAGUUGAGGGACCGCGGGGGAAGCUCACCCGCAACUUCAAGCACCUCAACCUCGACUUCCAACUCAUCGAAGAGGGUAGGAAGCUGAAGGUGGACGCCUGGUUCGGCACCAGGCGGACCAUGGCCGCCAUCAGAACUGCUAUUAGCCACGUCCAGAACCUCAUCACUGGGGUGACCUCCGGGUACCGGUACAAGAUGCGACUCGUGUAUGCUCACUUUCCCAUCAACGCCAGCAUCAACGGCAGCAACAACGCGAUCGAGAUCAGAAACUUCCUUGGAGAGAAAAAGGUAUAAAUCUCGGCCGCGACCUCCAUCUCCAAUACUGUCUUCUUGUUUCGUGAUUUCCAGCAUUGGGAUCUGGCUCGUUAUUUUUUAGUCCUGUUCGAUAAUUGCCUCAAUCGAUAAAAUUGUGGUGCAGAAGUGGUCAUUGUUUGUCUUCCAAUGGUUAGUCCGAGCUACAUGUAUUUUUCCGAUAUACGUUGUGGUGGAUAUUUCCCGAGAACUGCCAAGCUGAGAUGAAUCCUUCUUUGCGAAAAAGAAAGCCGUAUACUAAGUAUUUGAAUGAAUACAUGUCAAAAUCAUUCCGAAAUCCUACAUAUUCUAAAUGCAUAUUUUUCACCUGACGGUCAUUUAUCUUUGAAAGUCCUCUUGACAGCUCCCUCUGAUGUCCCUCCCUUGUCUUAUGUUGUACUGCUUUUAGUCUGUUCGGUUAAUAUCUCAACUGUGAAAUGUUUUGUGCAGAAGUAGUCCUCGCUCGUCUAUCCCGCUUAUUUGAUCCGUAGCAAUUUUCCUGGCAUGCCAUUAUUUCCAAGAUUCAUAUCUUCUGAAACCCGAGCUGAAUAGGUUUUUUCUGUACGCGUUUAAUGGGCUUGGCCUAGUUUCUGUGGUAAUGAGCAGUUCGUUCGUAGUUGCACCGAAACCAGUGAAAGAUCGAACCUUGUGCACUCUCUUCUGUUCAUUUGUGUUGGCUGACUUCGCGGCAUCAGUACUGAACCCAUCAUCCAUAUCAUAAACUCUUUUUAUGCAUUCUCUCUACCAGCUAAGAUCGGUGAAAUCCCUCAUAAGUAAACUGAGAACACUGCUUUGUAUGAGCAGCCGUCAGCUUUGUUGGGGAGGUGAGGUUAUCAGAAUCCUUUUUGCACCUCGGGUCCCCCUUCUGUAAGAAGACUUCUCAGAUAGAACUCUGAGGAAAAUUAUCUGUCAGGCAGGGAUUGGUGAUUCGGAGCUUUUUUCUGGGUUUCCUCUCAAUACGUAAUUAGGGUUUACAAGUAGAAGAAACCUGGUUUCAGUCCGCUCAAUUAGGCCAGCUGAUGAUGAUCUUCGACGACUCAUCAUUGAAUCCAGCGCAUUUUGAGUUUCCCGUGUUAUUUUUUGUUUCAGGUUCGCAAGAUCGACAUGCUUGAAGGAGUGAAGAUCGUCCGGUCCGAGAAAGUGAAGGACGAGCUUGUGCUCGAUGGCAAUGACAUCGAGCUUGUUUCUCGCUCCGCCGCCUUGAUAAACCAGGUUCCUAGUUCAUUAUUCUUCCUUCGUUAUCUUCCCUACCGUGGCCAAGGAUGAUGGAUACUGGUUUUUCUGAGACUAGUGCUCAAUAAUCACCUUCUCUUGCAGAAAUGCCACGUGAAGAACAAGGAUAUCCGGAAAUUCUUGGACGGCAUCUACGUUAGUGAGAAGGGCAACAUUGCAGAGGAAGAGUGA